UAAAUACUUGUUGGAUGUUUCUGAGUUUUUUUUAUUUAAUUUAAAAAAACUUUUGUCAGUUUUGUCACGAGCUUCCGGUUUUAGUUUGAAACGACCCAACCGGAAGAAGUGUUCACGUAGGUGUGUUUUGAAGACCAGCGACGACCUCAGACGUCUCAGACGCAGAAGAUAGACUCAGAACGUCUCCACGAAACCGGCUCCAGCUCCUUAGAGGCCGCGUUCAGCGCCGCCAUGUCUUCCGACCUGCUGGUAGAUUUGGGGGAAGACCCCGCCACCGCCCAGCUGGGACAGCUGAAGCUGGCCACUCUGGAGGACCAGCAGUGGCCGGCAGAUGAGACCCCGCUGAGCAAGUCAGGUGACGACAACUUCGGCCGGAAGGUGAUCGUGUUCAACGCGUGCAGAAUGCCCCCCCACCACCAACUGGACCAUCACAAGCUGCUGAUGUAUCUCAAAGGAACGCUGGACCAGUAUGUGGAAAGUGACUACACUCUGAUCUACUUCCACCACGGGCUGACCAGCGAAAACAAGCCAUCCCUCAGCUGGCUCCGAGAUGCAUACAGGGAAUUUGACAGAAAGUAUAAGAAGAACAUUAAGGCCCUCUACAUCGUCCAUCCCACCAUGUUCAUCAAGACCCUCCUGAUCCUUUUCAAACCAAUAAUCAGCUUUAAGUUUGGACGAAAGCUCAACUACGUGAGCUAUCUGAGCGAACUGGAGGACGUGGUCAAGUGUGACCAGCUGCUGAUUCCCGCACGUGUCAGAGAGUAUGACAACAAAUUGAGAGCGUCUUUGAAACCGGCCACUCAGCCCCCGACGUCUCCUCUUCAUAGUCCCCCGCUUCCCGGUCAGGUGUUCGGAGUUUCACUCACGCUGUUGAGACAGAGGAGCCCAGACGAUGACCCGGUGCCCGUGAGCUUUAUCCUGUACGUGAGGUUACUUCAUCUUGCUUUUCUGUGUUCGCUCGCGGCAGGUUUGGAGAUCGAGGGGAUCUUCAGGCGGUCUGCCAAUGUGACGCUGGUGAAGGAGGUCCAGCUCAAGUACAACUCAGGCGAAACGGUCAAUUUCAGCGAGAUGGAAGACGUCCACCUGGCCGCCGUGAUCCUGAAGACGUUUCUGAGGGAGCUGCCCGAGCCUCUGCUGACCUUCCAGCUCUACAACGACAUCGUCAACUUCACCUCCGUGUCCAGCGACAACCAAGUGGACGUCAUGAGAAAUCUGCUGGACUCCCUCCCAGAGGAAAAUCGCGCCUCGCUGCGAUACCUCAUCACGUUCCUGGCACAGGUGUCGGCCAACAGCGAGGUGAACAAGAUGACCAACAGCAACCUGGCCGUGGUGUUCGGGCCAAACCUGCUCUGGGGGCGGGACAACGCCAUGUCGCUCAGCGCCAUCGGACCAAUCAACAACUUCACCAGGACCCUGCUGGACCAGCAGCAUUUGAUCUUCACCUAAUCGUCAUUUCCCCCCCGAUCUUAAGCUUCCCUAAACUUUCGACCCGUGGGUAUCUCAUUGAAACAUCACAGAGUUUCAUUUAAUCUCUUCCGGUUAUUUCUGUUUUUUUUCUUCUUACAAAUAGUUUGAAUGGAAGUUGAAGGACAUGGAACUGGCGUGGCAAAAAAAUACAGCAACUUAUAAGCGUUUGAAUUAUUAUCUUUAAACCUUUGAGUCUCGACUAAGCAGGGGGUCAGUUCAACAAUUAGGAAACUAAUUAUUCACUUCCUGACUUCCAUUCGCCGCCGGUUCCAAUCCCUUCUCCUUCCACGAAUUCCAUUUUUUCCUCACAACACAGUGGCUGGCUCUUAACUUUUCCCCCCCAAACAUCGAGAAUUUAGUUAAACAUAUGCAACUCUCUUUUUCGUUUCUCUACGUAUAGUGUGAUGUGCCAUUUUCUAUGUCGUGCCAAAAAAAACAAAAAAACAAAAAGAAGUUGCUUCUCAAACAU